AUGGAAGAACGGCUGAAACAGACUCUGCAGCGCCAGGAGAAGCCGGCAGCGGCGGGCGCGGCCGCCGAGCGCUCGCCGCCGGUCGGCGCCCACCCGGCACUGGGCCAGGCCGCUACUCCCACCGAGGAUAGUCUGCGGCGCGAGCGGAACAGGGCGGCGGCCAACCGGUGGCGGGCGCGGAAGAAGCGCGACCAGCAGCAGAUGGCCAGCUCGAUGGAGUCGCUCUCGCUCAGCGUGCGCCAGCUACGCCGCGAAAACGGCGAACUCAGAGCGGAGGUGGCCAAGCUGAAGCUGCUCCUCAUCCAGCACCGCGAGUGUGACGUCACCCGUGGCCUCAGGCCAUUGGCCGAGGCCGACGGCCUGGGCCAUCUGGAGCUGGAGGCGUUCGGCCGGCCGGAGGAGGCGGCCGCACGGCCGGCGCCGCUACCGCUCGUGCUGGCUGCUCCCGUCUCAGCCAUGCCCGUGCAAGCGGGCGCCACGCACCAGCUGAUCCUGGUGUCGGCGGCCGGUGCUCGGCCGGUGUCGGCGCAGCCUCCCAGUAACCGACUUCUGUUGCUCUGCCUCUCCCACGCCGUGCACUUCUGUCCCUCUGCACUGCCUGGCGUGUUGGAAGCACCCCGCAACAUUACACGACUCCUGUCGUUCUGGCCAUUCUUUUAG